AUGAGGGUAAGCGUGCUUCUCUUACUCUCAGCACUCGCUGCGGUGUCGUCAGUGUCGGGAUACAACAUUCUAUGUAUUUUCCCGUUGCCAUCACGGAGUCAUUGGCUCUUGGCUAAAGGCAUUGUCGAUGCCCUCUUGGCGGCUGACCACCAGGUUACAUGGGCGACGCCGUAUUUAGAGAAGUCACCACAUAAACAUUUGAAGCAGAUCGACGUGAGCAAAACUCUAGAUGUUUUCGCUUCAAUCGACGUCUCGAAAAGCUCGAAAUGGGAUAUGUCGAUAACUCUGGAAUUCUUUAGAAACAUUUCUUUGGUUGCCGCGAGCUCUCCAUUGGUACGAGAAGCCCUCGUGAAGGAAAAGUAUGACGCUGUCGUUACUGAAUGGUUCUACUCGGAUAUCGAGGCUGGGUACGCUGCGGUCCAACAAGUACCCUGGAUUAUGCUGAGCGGCGCUGUGAUGCAUCAGUACAUGGAGUACCUCGUGGACACGGUCCGGUCCCUGCCAGUCGUGCCAUUUAUGACGAACGAAUUCCCUGUGCCCAUGAGCUUUAGGGACCGCCUACUUAACACCUUCAGCUUCGGAAAUAUGAUGUACUAUAUCUGGAGAGACACAGCAACAGCUAUAUCCGUUUACGAGCAGCAUUUCGCACCUCUUGCAGCCGCUAGAGGAGUGUCGCUGCCUCCGUUCUCCGAGGCAAUGCACAAUAUUUCCAUUUUGCUUGUGAACUCGCAUCCCUCGUUCACACCUGCUAUAAGCCUCCCGCCCAACGUGAUCGAGAUUGCUGGGUAUCAUAUUGACGAGGUUACUCCACCGCUGCCUAAAGAUCUUCAAGAAAUUCUAGACGCAUCGCCAAGAGGCGUCGUCUACUUCAGCAUGGGAUCCAUGUUCAAGUCCGCUGCUCUUCCCGAGAAGACGAAGCAUGACUUGCUCAAGAUUCUUGGCGAGCUUCCAUAUACCGUGCUGUGGAAGUUUGAAGAAAAUUUAGAUGGACUGCCUAAGAAUGUGCACAUAAGGUCGUGGAUGCCACAAGCCAGCAUUUUGGCGCAUCCGAACGUGAAGGUGUUCAUAUCCCACGGCGGUUUGCUCAGUACGCUAGAGACACUGCGCUACGGGGUUCCAACAAUAGCGAUCCCGGUGUUCGGCGACCAGCGCUGCAAUGCGGAACGUUCGGUGCAGGACGGUUACGCACUCAAGAUUGAGAUGUCGCCUGACAUGGCUCCUGAACUGAAGAUGGCUCUCAACGAAAUGCUUUCUAACGACAAAUAUUACAAGAAGGUCAAGUCAUUAUCGAAGGUGUUCAACAGCCGGCCGGUGAAGCAGAGUAAGCUCAUCUCGCAUUACGUUGAGCUGGCCAUCGAGAGUAAAGGAGCUUACCAUCUGCGUUCCAAGUCGAUUCUUUACAAAUGGUAUGAACUGUGGAUGUUAGACCAAAUUGCUGCUGUGAUAGCUGUCUUGUUCAUGUUCUACGUAAUAGUAAAGAAAAUCAUUUGUGCAAUUAUCAAGAAACUUACGAAGAACAGCAAAACGAAGAAGGACAAAAAGAACAAAUAG